AGGCAGAGACGCGGCUCCCGCUGAAGCCGCGCAGUCGAGCUCUGUCCCGGGGACGACGACGAAGCGCGCCCUCCGUCUGGACCAGGGAAUUAAAAACAGCGAUGGAAUAGAAAUCGGGGGACAAACUUACGCGCCGUUCUUCACUUCCCUUAAAAAAAAAAAACACCCGGCGCUCACGUGAUUGCCAUUAGACGCGGGAGCGCACGGACGCAGGAUUCCGGAAUGGCCGUCUGGAUUACCCUCUCCUCCACCUAGAAGGAUCAUGCCGGAUUGGGAAAUUCCAUAAUGUAAAUCUUUUCUUUUUUGGUGUUUUUCUUGCGACCAUGAGUCUUCAGGGAUUAACCAGGACUGCUCUUCUUCACGUUUGGAUUUAACUUUUCGCGCGGCAGCGGUGGCAAGCGUUGGAGGCGGCAUUGGCGGUGGCAGGACUUUGCCACCUCGGAAAGCGACUCUCCAGACGCCACCAUGAGGAUACCGGCCUCCUCCUGUCUGUGCCCCGUCCUGCUCUGCCUGUGCUUCAUCCAGAGGUGCUGUGGGUCCAGCCACCACCUCCCGGUCAAAGUGGCCUCCAAGAACCAGACCAAACUGGCCAACGGGGAGACGGAGGUGCACCACAGGCCCAAGCGCGGCUGGAUCUGGAACCAAUUCUUUGUUUUAGAAGAACACAUGGGACCAAAGGCGCAGUACGUGGGGAAGCUCCACUCCAACUCAGACAAAGGCGACGGUUCGGUCAGGUACAUCCUGAGCGGAGAAGGCGCCGGCACGAUUUUCCUCAUCGACGAGGUGACGGGAGACAUCGUGGCCACAAAGAGCUUGGACCGCGAGAGGAAAACACAUUAUGUCCUACACGCACAAGCCUUGGACCGCAACACAGAGGAAGCUCUGGAACCCAUGUCAGAAUUCAUCAUCAAAGUGCAGGACAUCAACGACAACGCCCCAAAAUUUCCAGAUGGACCCUUUGUAGCUACGGUGCCUGAAAUGUCUGAAGUAGGGACGUCGGUUUUGCAAGUGACAGCGACGGACGCCGACGACCCGACGUACGGCAACAGCGCCAGGAUCGUCUACAGCAUUCUGCAAGGACAGCCAUAUUUCUCUGUGGACCCCAAAACCGGUAUCAUCAGGACCGCCUUAUCCGACAUGGACCGGGAGGCCAGGGAGCACUACACCGUCGUAAUCCAAGCCAAAGACAUGGCCGGCCAGGUGGGAGGCCUCUCUGGCUCCACCACCAUCAACAUCACCCUGACAGACGUCAACGACAACCCCCCGAAGUUCCCGCAAAAAAACUACCAACUGUACGUCCCAGAAUCGGCCAAAGUGGGAAAACCAGUCGGUAAGAUCAAGGCCAACGACGAAGACUUGGGCGUCAACGCAGACAUAAAGUACAGCAUCAUCAACUCAGAAGGCGCCAACAUGUUCACCAUAUCCACCGACCGGGACACCAGAGAGGGGAUCAUCAGCCUCAAGAAGCCCCUGAACUACGAGAGGAAGAAGACCUACACCCUUCACAUCGAGGGCACAAACACUCACGUGGAUCCUCGUUUUUCCUACAUCGGAUCUUUCAAAGACAGCGCCUCGUUGAAGAUCACCGUCGGGGAUGUGGACGAAGCUCCAGUCUUUUCUAUGGAAUAUUAUAUCUUGGAUGUAUACGAGAAUUCGCCGGGUGGUACGGAGGUGGGAGCGGUAACGGCCCGGGACCCGGACAGUCGGAACAGCCCGGUCAGAUACUUUCUGGACAGCAAAGAAGAGGCGGCGCAAUAUUUCCGGAUCGAUGAGAACAGUGGUGUAAUCAGAACCACGCAGCCUCUGGACCGGGAAGAGACGCCUUUGCACAACAUCACCGUGAUGGCCUCGGAGGUUGACAACCCCACCCUGGUCAGCCACAUUCCAGUCACCAUCCAGGUCCUGGACAUGAACGACAAUCCUCCCGAGGUGGCGGCGGAGGGCGAGGUCAUCGUGUGCGAGAGCACCAGGCCGGGGCAGGUGAUCCAGACCGUCACGGCCGUGGACAAGGACGACUUUGCCAACGGACAGAGGUUUUUCUUCGCCGUGCCGGAGCAGCAGCCGCCUAAUCCCAACUUCACCCUGACUGACAACCAAGACAGCACAGCCAGCAUCAUCGCCAGGCGCCGGCGCUUCAACCACCUGACCCAGGAGCUGUACGAGCUGCCCAUCGUGGUGCGGGACGGCGGGGAGCCUUCGCUGAGCGGCACCAGCACUCUGACCCUGCGCGUUUGCCCGUGUCAGCGCCACGGCAGGCUCCGUCUGUGCCAAGGCGAGGCCUUCCUCUCGUCCGCCGGCCUCAGCACGGGGGCGCUGAUCGCCAUCCUGCUGUGCAUCGUCAUCCUGCUGGCCAUCGUGGUCCUGUUCAUCACGCUGAGGCGCAGCAAGAAGGAGCCCCUCAUCAUCUCAGAGGAGGACAUCCGUGAGAACGUGGUGACCUACGACGACGAGGGCGGCGGCGAGGAGGACACCGAGGCCUUCGACAUCAUCGCCCUCCGCAACCCCGCCGCUGCCGAGGAGCUCAAGUUCCGCAGAGACAUUCGACCCGAGGCGCGACAACAGUGCGCGCCGCCUCGCUGCCACCGAAGCCCAUCGGUGGACUUGGACGAGGUGGACGUGCAUGACUUCAUCAAGCAGAGACUGGUGGAGGCGGACUUGGACACGAGCGUGCCGCCUUACGACUCCCUGCAGACCUACGCCUACGAGGGCCAGGGCUCGCCCACAGGGUCCAUCAGUCCGCUCGGUUCGCCCGGGACACAAUCGGAGCAGGACUACAACUACCUGGACGACUGGGGCCCGGAGUUCCAGAAACUGGCAGAACUGUACGCGGAAGCAGGCUCCGAGGUCUCGACCUAGCCUGCCACUUCAUUCCAUUUCAAACCAAAUUUGAUGGAAAUGCAUUUCAAACCGUCAGACACGCUGUCGGACUGACUCGGCUCGGUGGGCGACCACCCCGCUCCAGUGACAGCCGCGAUUUCCUUUCUGCUUUCGGUGGUUCGUCAGGACAGAAAUCGACUGGAUUUUCAGAUGGAAGAAUUUAGAGGGGAAAAAAAAGGGAAAGUGAUAUUUUCCUUGUUGUAUAUU